UGUAGGUCACAUCUCUUCUUUUCUUCCACAGAUGUGUUCUUCUUAAAACAUAUUUCUUUCAUCAUUUGGUAUAUAAUGAUCUAAAAAAGUCUUUCUGGUAUAAAACUAUCAAAAUGGGUAUCAAAUAUCUGCAAGAAUACAUAGAAACGCACUGUUCUAGUGCGUGUGUCUCCGUGGAUUUGCUGAAAAUUGCGAAAGGUUUUGUCCCGAAAAGGCGUGGCCGUUAUGCCGGAUCUGGGCGAUUCUGUUUAGUAGUAGAUGCAGAGAGCUGUCUAGAUCGCCUCUACGGCGGCUUCUACUCGGACUGGGUUUGUGGGGGGCAAUGGAACCGAGUGACAGCGUUCCUGAACAGCCUUGUGCAGGCCUGUCAGUCAGCAAACAUGGAACUGGUUGUGUUUUUCAAUGGUGCAUUGGAGAGUCAGAAACUUACAGAGUGGUUCAGCGAUCAAGUCGGCCAGAAGAACAAAGUUGAAUCUGUUUUCAGACAUGUUGACCGUCAGGGAAAACCGCCUCCAAAGGUAUGGUGGACACCACCAGUGUUUUUGACAGGUACACUGAGAAUGGCCCUCCGGGAGCUAGGAGUGGGCGUUGCCUGUUCCAUGGAUGAUCAUGCCCAAGAGGUCAUUGGCUACUGCAGAGAACAUGGUCUUCAAGGCAUCAUUGCACAGAAUGCAGUCUAUACAAUAUUUGACCCACCGCGAUACUUUUCAUCACACAAUUUGAAGUUGACAUACAAAGGUUCCCUAGAAACCAAAGAAUACAUUAUGGAUGAGAUUGCCAAAUGCCUUGACCUGAAUCCUAACCGAUUUUGCAUCUUUGCAGCAAUGCUAGGAAAUCACAUACUCCCAGAUGAAGAUCUUUAUGACUUCUACAGAGAACAAAUUGCAAGACAGAGCCAAGAAACUGGAAAGUCCUUGAAGCUUAAUCCAGAGUCGGCCAUAAGAUGUGCCGUAGAUUUUGUGAGAAGCUUGCCUACAGUAGACAACUUGGACAGCAUAGGGGAAAUGAUAUUCCGAAAUUACAAGUCAAAUAAGCGUGAACUGAUUGCCAAAUUUAGACAGUGUGUGCAGUAUUAUCUAAAUGGGACACAGGAUGGUUUCCUUAAAUACAGACCCCACAUGAUGCCAGGGGGUGGUCCACAGGGAAACUACUCCAUGCACUUUAUGCAGAACAGACAACAGUCCAAUGGAUCUGGAUUCACUGGAGACCAGAGUGGACCAGCCCCUCAAAUUGUUGUGGAUCCACCAACACAAAAUGCCCCUGUUGGCAACUUCUUCCCUCCCACAGGAGAUGGUAAACAGGAGAUGCUGGCGGCCACUUCCUCUUCAUCCUCAUCCAGCAGUGGCUCAAGUCCUAACAGGAACAGUCCAGAGGCAAGCUGGGGCAUGAAAUUCUCCUCACAGCAGAUGUCCAGCAUGAAACCAGCAGCUAAAGGACAGGAGCCAGAUUCAAAACUCCCCAAGAUUUCACCUGAGAUUAUGCGAUGUGCUAGUGAGCGUCAUCAGAAGGGACUAAUGACUCCCUGGGUAUACCAGCUAUUGUCACAGGGAGAAGUUAAGUUUCCUGUAGCACUGGAGGAUGAUCGAGAUCGGGAACUCCCAACUGCCAUAGAGCUUUACAGACCAGUCCGCCAAACUGUCUACUCAGUCCUAUUCAACCUCAACAAACUCAAAAUUGACAACGAGAAACAGAACAAAGGUGAACUUGGACCUAAGGCCUUUGAAGUACCGGUGAAAGAAUGGAUUGUACGUCGUGGUGCCAACAGACCAUCAUUUGAUAUGGUUGUUGCUGCCCCUGUAGACUGGAAAACCCCCAGCAUUGAGAGAAUGUGGCUUGGAACUAAAGUGGAUGACAAGUCCAGACGUAUCCGGGCCUUCCUUACCUGUAUGUUCAGUGCCAACAAACUGAUGAUCAACACCCAAUAUGUUCCACAACAGCUUCUCCUGCUCUGUUGUGUACUCAGAUACAUUCUACAAUAUGGCAAGGUGCUAAGAAAACAGGAGUUAGAUGCUUUUCUUGCUAUGGCUGUGUCCCCUCGCCUGCACGAUGUUCAAACCAUGCAGGACCUAAUGUUGCCAAGUGUUUCUCAUCGCGGGGUUCAGCUGGCUGCUCUGUUUAUGUCCGGUGUAGAAACUGCUGUGUUUGCCAACGACGUGUGCGGAUCACCUAUCCCUUGGAAUGUAUGCGCACCUUGGCAUUUCUUCGAUGGCAAACUUUUCCAUUACAAAUUACUCAAGGCCAACGAGAACUUGCCAUUGAUAGACAUCUGUGAUGGGCAGAUCGACCAGGUGAGGCAGGUCGAAAGAAUGCGCCAGGCCAUCAUGGAGGACUUGAACGUAGAAUUCCCUCGCCCACACCUAUCCACUGCAGCCCUAUACUCCCAGUACCCACAGGGUCCAUACCAGCCGUUCGGUUACCAGUCUGGAGGGCAUGGGCCUGGUAUACUCCCACCACCAUUCCCACGUGGUAUGCGACCACCAGCUCCUGGUAUUCCUGCUGGCAUGGGUGUACCUCAGGCACCCCCAAAACCACCAGGCAGAGGCCGUGGAAUUCUUGGCCGUUCCCCUGUUGAUACACGCGGAGGACAGUUAGAAAUAGCUGGCGUGGUAGUUGGAAGUUGGGGACCAAACCUUUCUGGAGGUCGCGGUAAUGGUGGUAAUGGUGGCGGUGGUAACAACAAUCGGGGAGGACGUGGCAUGGGUCCUAGAGUGAUGGCUGUUGGCAGUCAGCGUAGAGGCUAUCCCAAUGGUGGAAUGGGCAUGCGCAAUGACUUCAACAUGAGAGGAGGAAUGGGCAUGCGUGGUGGAAUGGGCAUGCGCGGUGGAAUGGGAAUGCGUGGUGGUAUGGGCAUGAGAGGUGGAAUGGGAAUGCGAGGUGGAAUGGGCAUGCGUGGAGGAAUGGGGAUGCGUCUUGGUAUGGGCAUGAGGUCACCAAUGAGCCUAGGAGGACGAGGUGCUGGUAUGAUGUACCGGGGAGGAGGAGGAAUGAGUAGGCCUUUUAGAGGAAGAAUGGGCCCAGCAUUCUAUGGAGUUGGUCGAGGCAUGAGGGUGCCGGAUCGUGGCUACAGCAGAGGACGAGGUGUUGUUAGAGGUGUAAGGCGCCCACAAGUUCAAGUUCGCCCAAGGCCAUCAAAACAGAAGUCGGGAAAAGGCUCCGGAAGUAAGGGUCGAGGAACCACAGUUGAGGCUAUGAGUGAUAAAGCUAAUGCAAUUGUGAAUGGUGAUGAGGAUGAAGAAGAGGAGGAGGAAGAAGAGGAGGAGGAGGAGGACACUGAAGAACAAUCAAGAGAAAUGUUUGCUGAUGCAGAAGAAGGCAAUAUUUCACCUAUUGGGAAAGGAAUAAUUCAAGAUGGCAUUCACAGUCCAGACAGCGGUAUCCAUGGAGACAAGUCUGUCACUGAUGUUACUGCCUAGACCACCUGCAGGAUAAACCUGACCUCCCAGAAUAACAUGUGACUCUUCCUGUUUUAUUCUAAAUGGAGGUGGUGUUGCUAUGGUACUUUUUAAAUCCAGCAAAAGCUUUAUAAAGAACACAUUUGUUAUUGUCUUUCCAAAAGACAACACAGCAAUGCCACUUCCAGCAAGCAUGGUGCCGGGUAGGUUGACUCCAAUCUCUAAUAUAUUUUUCAGUUUUUCUAUUGUUUUUGUUACUAUUUUUCUCUUUAUACAUUGUUUAUAUAGAUUGGCCAACCUACCCCCAAAUAUUCUGAUGCAGCAUAGGACAACAUAGGGAUCUACAUCCCAUGAUGUCCUACCUUGCUGCCUCUCCGUUCUCCCUUCAAAGAGCCCCAUCAGAUGCAUCUACCAUCAUGGACCAGUAGAUCGCCUGAUAACUGCCGGUUAUACACACUGUCAUAAGGGAUGGUUUUUAUCUCUUCGUGUCACUGCAAAUGUGUAUCACCAGGACAGCGGCUCUAGGAGGGAGAACAACUUGAUUUUGAAGGAACCAAAAACCACAAAGAACAAACAAACAAAUUUACUCUAUAUCUAAGUGAUUUUAGCUCCUCCAAAUUCAAGAUUUAUUGUUGAAUUUCAUGGUAUUUCACCACUUUUGUGGUGCAAGUGCCUCGUUGCAUUUAUAUUUUGUCUGGCUGUCUUUUGACGCCGGUCCAUAAGUUUGUCGAAGUUGUCUGAUAGCGAUUGCCAGUUAGUUGCAGAUGAACAGACAGACCAUUGAAAGUCUGAAUAUGUAAGGAAGACACUGCAACAGGGAAACAAGCAGCUGAAUGUAUGUUAAGACAUGGUUACAAUGGUGGAGAAGCGGAUUAUUAUUUUUGAAUGCAUUUUAUACAGAGAAAAGUAUUAUUUUUGUACAUUUCAUAUUUGUUUUUUUUUUUUUUUUUUGUACAACAUGGACAGUAUGAGGUUUCUUGUGGAACAUAUUGAGUGUAAAAGGAUGAGUAUAAGAUCAUGUCAACUUAAAAUUGGGCUCCUACAAACGAAGGAGGUUUUCUGCCUCAAUGGCUCUGAUCAGUCUCUUCUAGUCGUUAUUUCUUGCUUAAUUGUUGCAAGUUUAAACAAACAUGUUGUCAACCUCGGUAAAUAGACAAAAGAAAAGUAGAAAUUGAAGGGUUGGGGGGUGUAAACGGAUGUAUUUAGUAAGAGUUAGGGAAUAACAAUGCUCUCAAUGUUAGAAUGCCGAUUCUCUCAUUGUGAUACAUACAGGUGGUGACCCAGUUAGGACAUGGUUGCUCCCAAAGCCAGCCAAUAUAGAAUUAUGAGGGGAUCAUCGCCUACUUGCAUACUUGCAUGGUUUAAAAAUUUGAUUUUGUUUUUUGGGAAAAUUGUUUUACGAGGUAGAGCUGAUAACAGUCUGUUUACUCUUGCCUGUGCACUUGCCUGUUCUGUCACAAUGUAUUGUGAAUUGUGUACCCAUUGUCCAGCUUGAUGUUAAAUUUUCCAGUUUUAAAUGCAAAAAAAUGUCUUUGAAAAUAUUAAAGGAUGAUUAGGUCAGUUUUCACAUCUUGGCCUUUAGAGGUCAGAUGUUGCAUGUAGGUGCAUCUAACAUGGUUUAUGCAACCUUACAUUGCUUUUAUUGUUAAAGUGCUUUUAGAGUAAAUGUACAAGAUGUCUACUAUUUUUCCAGAAAUACAUAUUAAGCACUAGUUGAUUGUUUACACUGCGGACUUCCUUUGUUAAAUAUUCCAACUGAAAUUUUGUCCACUGUCCAAAUAUCUCCAACUUUCUCUGAAUAGGAAAUGCUAAAAAUAUGAUUUUGCCAUUAUUGUGGAGGUCCUUUCCUUUGAAACUGUGAUACUUGGUGUACAUUGAUUGAUAUAUAUUUUGUACUAUUGUAAAUGUUGAAAGUGAUUGGUCAUUGUCAACAGGCUGGAAAGGUGACCAGCUGUGGUGGACAUCUAUAUAAACAUCCACACCUAGCUGUGACUACAGUAUGUACUCCAGAACUUACUGGGAUUGGGAUAUGGGGUGGAUUUUAAGUUGUCAGGAACUCAUAAAAAACAUUCAGACUAGCUUGGUUUGCCUGUUAACAGUUGAAGUAUGAGUCUGAUUUCUGUAAGGAAUGUAUUAGGAAAUUGUUCACUUAAACUAAAAGGAAAAAUAAAAUGUUUCAGAGAAAUAUUGAACCCUCCCUCCCCUCAGGUAGGCUGUUAGGCAGACUAUCCCCCUAGAUAGCUAGUCUGACAAACUUAACCUCCAGUGAUCUAUGUAGAGAUAAGGGGAAGUAGGAUGUUCAUCACGUGAAUGUGAUUGGUGCUUCAUGUAACCAAUGAAAAAACAUAUUAUAGAAUUGACGAUUAAAGAAUAUUGAUACCAUUUCUGCCAAGAAUAGAAGACCAGCAUGAGAAUAUGUAGUAGGUAGGAAUUUAUAAAAAAAUCCUUGACAUGAACAUACAAUUGAAUGUUAUGUGAAGGUCAUCUUAAGAAAUAUAUAAUUCACAUGAACAUUGAUUUGAAUGUCUUGAGAUAGGGCAACUUGAGAAAAAGCAAUAGCUCUCUACUGGGUGUUGAAGAAAUGAUUUUCAGACACCCUUUCGACAAAAAUCAUAAUCAUUGGACCGACUCAUCGGGUCAGGACCAGCCUAGAAGACACAGAGAAACAAAAUAAAGAAAACCUCUUAAGUAAAUUGUAAGUGUUUUGUCAGAGAAGUUAAAAACUUGAAUGGUUAUGAUAUAUAUAUGUAUGUAUGUUUAUUACUAGAUAUAUACAUAUGUAUACAGACACUUGAAGAGGUAGCAGUCAGAUGUUCUAUUUCUGACAAAAUGAUAAAGAAAACCGAAACAGCAGGUUUCAGUAGGACUUUGAGACCAGUGUGAAGCAAGUUGGUUUGCUGUUUAAUACACUAAAAAAAAACAACAAAGCCUGGAGGAUCACAUGGUCUUUUAUUUUGAUUCCAGAAUUGACAAAAUGGAUGACUACUCCUGAUGGAGAUAAUGACUUGGGAAACAAGUCUUGUAAAAAAAAACUUUACAUUGGGACACUUUUUGAAACAAAAAGAAAAUGGAAAAUCGUUUGUCCCACAUGAUUGAUUGUAAUGUAUUAAUUUUUUCUUAUUAUUCUUAUUAAAUAGAAUUAAAUGAAAUUAUACACAUAUUAUCAGACUGUAUUAAAAUGCUAUUAUUAACUGUGGUGAAUUAGAUCAAUUUAGUAGUAAUUGUGAAAAAUGCUUGUAUUGCAUAUACAUCUUGAUGUAAGAAGCUGGUAAUUCGGAGCACAAAACUUAUUGGGGGGGACAUUGUAACUAAAAACAAGUAAACUGGUAGAAAUGGGAUCGUCAUAUAUUCGGUGGAUAUUAAGGAAUAUUUUCCAAUUAGAAUUUAAUGUUUCUAUUGUUUUUAAUAUUUGAAAUCAGGGUCAUGAUAAAACUUUCUCUUUGAUUUUGUUACCAAAAACAAAAAAAAAACCAGGGGCUCUCAAUUACUUGCUUCACUAAAUAUAUAAAUACAAUUUCGUUUGUGUGUUGAAAUACUGAAUAGCCUUGAAAGCUUGCUUUGUUUUUUAAUCCAAUGAGAUGUUAAGGAAACGUUAUGACGUCAUUGCACAAUUUAAUCCCUAUGAUAUAUAGGUUGUAAACAGAACUUUCUGUCACUUAAGUCAAUAUUUACUUUUUUACUUUUAUCUUUUUGUAUUCUCCUCAAUUUUUCAUUAAAUUAUUAUCCAUGGUUGUUUCCUAUUGCUCCAGAUUUGAAAAUAUUCUUUUUUCAAAUUUAAUUUCUUGAGAGUGGCUUUUGUGGUUCAACCUGGUGAGUUAUAAUCAAUUUAAGAUUUUUUCAGUCUACGUAGGCCAUCUAUAUUAGGUACUAAAAAACUUGCAUGGGAAUUGUUUGACUUUGGUGAAGUUUUCUAGGAAGGAUAAUUUGAAUAAAAAAAAAAUAACCCCAAAAAAAUAAUUGAUACAGUUUAGAAAGAAUGUUGACAUGUUUCCUUCAUAAUUUAUAUAUAGAUAUAUAUAUAUAUAUAUAUGGGUGCAUUAGUAUAAAUAUUUGAAAGGAUGACAUUGGUUUUCUGCUUCUAGCACAAUAAGUCCAGAAAUUGCUUGCAUCUUAUCGUACUUAUAAACAAUGUUUAUAAAUAAUGUAAUUCUUGUAUUUUCCAAAGGCUCACUAAAUAGCCUUUUUGUUAUGUAUGGAUACAUUUUGACUAAUUUUUCAGCAUGUUAGAUAGAUAAGACAACUCUGGAGAUAUAACCCUGUAAUGGAUGUAUUAUAAGUGUACCCCCUGCCUAUGUUGAUCAACAAGACUUCGGCUGCAUGUUCACCACAAACAUGUCUAGCCUUACUUCAUAAGCUGAUAGGGUUAUUGUAAUGAAACAGGUUAUCAGUGUUUAUGAUAUAUAUGUAGAAGCCAUACAUUUGGGGGAAUAUUUUGGGUAUACUACAGAAAGAUAAGUAGAUGGUUUCCACUUCUGCCCCUGGUGGUUUCCUGAUUUGCGGAGGAAAGACAGUGAGGCUGUUGGAGGAGAAUGGAAUAGCCCAGGCAUUAUUGACAAUGGUAUGGACUGUCAUGUUUUUUUUUCAAGUAAAUGUUGUUUUUGUGGA